UUGUUAUCAUGUUUUCUAAUUAUCUUUACAGCCUCAUAUGCCAUUCUUUUGGCUUAUGUUCCGUUCGCAUUAGGAGGAGGAAUGUUCCUAAUCUAUGGAGCCUGUUACACUUACGUCGCUUGGUCAACUCCACCUGAAUUGUUGAUCAUUAGAUUUGCUAUAAUGGAGUUUGUUAACAUGAGUGGUAAGUUAAUUGUUUUGGUUGUUGAUCAGCGCCAUUUUCUAACAAUUUGCUUGUUUUCCAUUGUUGAAUAUAAACAGCGAUUCAUUGGUACUUAUAUAAGUGGACAGAUACUUAUAAUGAAACCAUGGGUUCCCGAUCAAGCUCGUAAUUAUAUUGGAGUCUUAGCUUUAUCAACGAUUCUCUUGAUGACCACCCUGUUGAUGGCGAGUUUAUUUAAAUUGAAAAACAUGCCCAAGGCAACAGCAGAAAACGCUAAUCGUAAAUUAUGCGCUGUAUUUGUGGACGUAUUCAAAUUGAGCCGUUUAAAUGAUUUAUUUUCCACUUUCUUCAAACGGCGACCCAACGCUGGGCGAGUCCGUCUACUGUUGUUAGUAUUAUCGGGUACCCUUUGUCUUGGUGCAUUCCAUGGAGAGGAAACAAUCGGCUACCAAUAUGCCCAACGUGUUUACGGCUGGUCAGCGGAAAAAUAUUCAACCCUCUAUUCACUUUUAUCCAUAAUACCAGCAUUAGCAACUUCCCUUGGACCUCACAUAUUGAAAACAUGUCUCGGUUUAUCCGAUUCACUGAUAGGAAUUCUUGGAACUAUUUCUGUUUUCACCAUGAAUCUCAUCCAUGGGGUUAUCCUUACACCCUAUGGUUUCAUUCUUACCUACAUAACGGGUGCUCUUCACAGAGUUUCCUUCGUCGCCUUUAGGUCACUAAUAUCAACGAUGGUUGAUUCCUGCGAGGCCGCUAAAAUAUUCACCCUGAUCACAGUAUUUGAUUCCUAUGGUGCUCUUGGCUCAGCCUUCAUGUACACCCGAGUAUUUAAUGUAACAAUUCAAAACAAUCCUGGUCUAACAUUUAUCAUCGCCGCGAGCAUAUUAACAAUUCCCGUGUUGACCUGCAUAUGGCUUGAAAUAACCCGAUCAAAAUGGGAGCCGAAAAUACCUUCCGAAAAGGACAAUAUCUAUGGACAAAAGUCACAUCCAGAAAACGCAAUUAACGACAAUCAAAAUCAUCCAUCACCAACAUUAAUGAAAAUCAAAGAUUUAACCAUUGUAAAUGUAUCAGAGAAAUUUUAACUCUACAAUUAAUUUUAAUUGUGAUGUUUUUUUUUGUUCAACUCUCGUUACUUGUAUUAUUUUAUAUUGUCUUGAUAUUAUCAAUUUCAAUCCUAAUCAUUGUUUUCAUCUAAAUUCAAGUUAAAAACUUUUUUUACCACAAUUAAAUUAAUCAUGACAAAUCUGCUAUGAUAUAAAUAAAAGUCGAAAACAUUUUCCAUUAAAUUAAUCUAAUUGUGAUUAAAUUGAAACAAAGAAAA